UUAAUUUUGUGGUUCGAACGUAGAUUAGUAAUUUUAGUAUAGAAUGGUUGUAGUUUGUGUUUUUGUAUAUUGUUGAGGAAGUAAUUGACGCGGUUACAAAUGUCUGACUUUGAGGAGCAAUUCCAGGCGUUCCUGCGUGAGCCACUGUCAUCAGAGGAAUCAUCAGGAGCAGGACCGAGCACAAAGGAAGAUGUUCAGCCAGCUCAAGCAAAUCGAAAGUUUUUCUGGAUGAAGCCCAGAGCACUUGAAGAUGUGGAAGGAAAGGACUGCAGUAAUGGAGAGAGGGAAAAGCAGAAGGCAGAGCAGCAGGAAGGAGAUAUGUCAGGGGACCUGGUGAGGCCAAACAUCCGGCUCAAGGUGCCAGGCUCGGAGGCUGCAGCAGGGGCUGAGGCGGCUGGGGCCCGCACUACGCUGCAGCUGAACCUGGACCUCCUUCCGCGCUCACCAGAGGCGUCCUCCUCCACAGCAGACUUUGUCAGGAAGGAGCAAAUGUUCCAGGAGCGAGGAGGGGGAGGAGGAGAGGACGAAGACGGAGAAGACAAUGUGGAAGCUGCGGAGGCGGACGGAGAUGAGACGGAUGAGGAGAUCAGCAGCAUCCUCGAGGAGAUGAGCCGCCUGGCCAGCAGCAGUGGGCUCUCGCAUGAAGCUGGAAUGGAAGACAGAAGUGUGGAAGAAAUUUUGAAAGAGGCAGAAGAAGUUGUCCGUGAGAGCUCUCAGACAUUUGAGCAGCUUGCUCAUGCAUCAUCAAGAACUAGCUUCAAGUCUCUCACAUCAGACUCGGAGAGUUGUGAAGUUGUGCCUUCAGAUAUUUCUUCACCAUCGAGUCACAGUGCUAGUAAGUCACGAGAACAUUCUAAGAAAGUUUCUCAGAUUCCCUCCAGUAAGAAUACUUUUAAUGAAUUUAGACAACCCUCUGUGAUAUCUUCAAAAUCCUUUAUGUCAGAUAUUUCUUCCUUAUCUGAAAGUAAUGAAAAAGUUGACAGCAGAUUAAAGAAAACUGUUAGUAUGCCGUCAGAUGUACAUUCUUCAGUUUCCCUUGGUCCCACCAAGGUAACUGGAUUACCAGACAGAUCUGAUACUGAAAAAUAUGAUGCCUUAAAGCGGACCACAGUUUCUUCUAGUUUUGGUACAAGUGAAAAAAACUUACCUGUUACAGCUUUACUACAUUAUGACAAAUUCAAUAGCCAUGCUGCAGGAGUUGAUAAAAGUGAGGAUUUUAGGAAAGAAGAGCCUGCAAUUACACAAGAAAAAUCUCUUCUUGACACUGGCCAAAGUGCCACAGGGAAACUGUCACCACAGGGCAAAAAAAUCGAUAGAAGUGUCAGUUUCCAAAGUAUGUCGUCACACCGUGAAAAACCUGGAGCAAAAAAAUGGCAUAAAAGUAACGAAAAAGACAGUGAUAAGCCAAGUGCAAAAAAAUCAUUUGGUUUUCAUCAGAAUAAAAAUGCCGGCCAAAGUAGUUCAAAAUCUGUUGUUUCUUCAGGUGCUAAGCGGAACAGUACUGCAAAAUCCAGUGAAAGCAGAGAUUUCACUAAAGAGAUGAGAGAGGAAAGUAUUCACAAGAGCAUCACUGUUAGUAGAGUAAUGCCACGUGAAAAGGAUGUUGAUCCAUCCACAGCAGGUUCUAGAGGCAAGCAACUGAAAAGGGACAGCAGUGCCAGUAGUGUAUCAGAUAAAAUAAGGCAAAUAGUGAAUGAUGUGGUGCGCACUGAGGUGGAGACUGCAGUUAGUGAGGUGAAUACAAAAGUUCCAGGAAAGGGCAAUGAAAGUAAUGCCAGCAAUGGAGCCAGCAGCUGGAGAACGGAGUACAUCCGUGGGCUGGAGAGGAAGUACUUGUCAGAUGUCUCAGAAGAGAGUACAAUAUCACAGCCGUCGGAACAGGACAAGAGGCCUACACAGGGUGCGAAAGUGACGGACGAAUCUCUCAGGAAAGAGACACUGAUGCUCCUCACACUAGAGAAACAGCUUCAGGAGGAGAAGGAAAAGUGUCAAAGGCUACAAGCUGAGUUGGCUUCAGGGGAGAAAGAGCACAAGAAACAAUUAAGUGCAAUGACAAAACAAUAUGAGAAGGAAGUCCUGGAAUUGAAAAAGGAAAUAUGCGUCCUGCGAGCAAAGAUAUCAGGGAUGGAGGCUGCAGCUCCUGCUCCCAACUCUGAGCAGAGUGUGCAGAGAGCAGAUGUGAGGGUGGCAUUGAUGGAGGAGGAAAUGCAGCGCCAGGAGCAAAUAAUCGUCAACUACCAGCGCGACAAUGAGCGCCUCUGCCAGGAGCUCAAGCAGCUGCAGGAGAAGUUAAAGACAAAAGAGGCAGGUGCAGCGGCAAGUAAGGGUCCAGCAACAGGUGAUGUGGAAAGACGAAAGCUCGAAGAUGAGCUGCGUGAGGCUCGAGAAGCUGCUAUUGCUGCAAGAGUGCAAAUGGAUGCAUUGAGGGCAGGGAAGAGGGACCUAGAGGGCACAGUCCGUGACCUCAGGGCAUCACUGGCCGAGACAAAGUCUGAAUUGGAGAGGCAGCGGCGGCGCGCAACCUACGGCACGGGAGGCGGAGCUGCUGCUGGUGGCAAGGCACUGCGGUCCCCCAAGUCCCCCACCACUGCCACCAGGAGUGUCAGGCAAAAUGCACAGGAUUCAUCUCGUAUAGAAGAGCUGGAACGCGAGUCACGUUCUUUACGGCGAGAACUGGCACUGGCCCAGGAAGAGGCGAAGAAAGUGCAGGCGGCCGCAGAGCGGGAGAGGACGGAGGCGGCUCUGCAGAGAAAUGCCCUGGAGGCGAGUGUGGGAGAGCUGAGCGAGGCCCUCAGCAAGGAGCGAGCACGUGCCAAUGCCGUCGAGAGGGACUCCCGCAACCAAGCAGCCCAGCUGCAGGACAUGACACGCCAGGUGCACGAGCUGGAGCAUAUCCUAAAAAGGAACCCUGUGGCAGCACAGGAGGCAGGCAUUCUGCCAAAAGGUUCUCCAGAAUUCUCGCCACGCGUUAAACACCUGGAAAACAGGCUCCAGCAGCUUGAACAACAGCUUAACGAGAGGGAGCAGCAGCACAGAGCUGCAAUAGCAGAUGCCGAGAAGCAGUGUCAGGAACUGAAGUCGCAGUACGAGGAGCAGGUGUCAGACUUGGAGCUACAGCUGCACACAAUAAAACUGCGGCAGCAGCAUGGGGUUUCCCCAGCGUCUACAGCCCCAGCUGCUGCUCCUGCAGCUGCCACUGCCUCAGCCACCUCACAGGCUCCCACACCGACACCCACACCCACUCCCACCCCUGCCGCAGCUCCCACAAACCCGUCCAAGGUGCUGCGGCCGCGAUCUGCCCCCACCACAGUAGAUGCGCACCUGCUGGCAACGGUGCGUGGCCUGCAGCAGGAGCUGACAGCGCGCGAAGCGGAGGCGCGCAAGCUGGCACGCGAGCUCGAGGAGAUGCGGCGGGUCAACCGCCGGCUGCAGAAGGAGAGGGAGCGACACCUGCAGCAACAGCAGCAGCAGCAGCACGUCCACACUGCCUCGAAAGGGGAACAAAGAGGGGACAGUCAAAACUGCGCAGCUAGCAGUUCAUCCAGCAGCAGCUUGAGGCAGCGCGGCGGCUCAGGCGACCAGCUGGAUGCAAUGCGCAGGCUGGAGGAGGAGAACAGGGCGCUGCACCAGGAGUUCGCUGCUCUCAAGGCAGACUUCGAGCAGCUGAAAGUGAAGCGCUUGCAGGAUCUGAGUGUGCUUCAAGAGCACCACACGGAGGAGCUGCGCAAAGUGCGGGACGAGGGUGCUCGCUAUGGCACGGAUGCCCAGGUGGCGGAACUCCAGGGCCAGCUGGCCACACAGCAGUUAGUCAUAGAGCACCUACAGGAGAAGCUCAAGGAGCUUGACCUGUGUCAGGAGCAGAUAGUCGUUCUGAAGACUGAACGGGACCAUUUGGAGAACAGUGUUGUGGAACUCCGUAAGAAGAUAUCUGUUCUCCAGACUGACAAUGACCCGGACCAUAUGAAGCUUGCAUCCCUCCAGUCACAACUGCUGACACUGGAACAGCGGCACGAGGCACGCGAGCAGCGCUUGCAAACAGUGGUGGCCAGUUUGCUGGAGAGGAACGCAGACCAGAGGCGCAGAUUGGCGGGGCUGCAUGGUGACGAGGAUGCGGAUGCCUUGCGGCGCCGUCUGCUGGAGAAGAACCGCCAGCUCGCUGAAUACCGUGCUGAGAUGGACCACAUCCUAGCUGCUCUGCGCCAGUUCUACCAGCAGCACGGUGAUGCACCCAAUUUUGUUAGCAAAUCGUAGUCUUUUCCUACGUUGCUACUCUUUGUGGGUGUGCAGGUGACAUACUGACUGAAGAUUUUGUUGUGCUUUAAGAUGACCGCAUCCAGUUGCACAUUACUCACAGUCCAGAUACAGCUACUUUAUGUGCUGCUUUACACACUAUUUGUACCGUGGUAUUGAUUGUAGAGCAAUGAGGGCCUCAUCUUUAAUUGUAGUGUUUGUAAAAUCUUGUGUCACAACUCAGGGCCAGAAAUUCGCUUUGGCAAAGACAAGAAUAUGCAAGUGUAGAAACUUGUUGCUACUCUGGGGUUAUUGCUGCUUUGAGUGAAAAUGGAACUACAAGACAGAGAUAUAUUUAUUAUUUUUUGUAGUGUUGUAACAUGUAGGAAACC